CUCUCUCUUCUCUCUUCAGACACAACUAAUACCAACUUAGUGGCUUGUGCUGUGCACACAACAUAGCAUAGCAUAUAGCAUAGCACAUAGCAUUAACAAAAAUCAAAAUGGGUGUGAAUUCGAAUAGAGUUGAUCCUUUUGAAACCAUUAAAAUCCAAUCAGAAAUACCAAUGUAUCAAUCACCAUUGGAAAUUCACAAGGUUCGUUUGCCACCAGAAAGAACCACUCUUCAAAAACUUAGACAUAGACUCUUUGAAAUCUUUUUUUCUGAUGACCCUUUUCAUGGAUUCAAAAACCAAACUUCGUUCACAAAGUUUCUUCUAUACAUAUUUUCGAUUUUUCAAUGGGGUCCUAAGUAUAGUCUUAAUCUUUUUCGCUCCGAUAUUAUAUCCGAUCUCACCAUCGACAGUCUUGUCAUUCCUCAGGGAAUCAGUUAUGCCAAGCUUGCAAACUUGCCACCAAUUAUUGGAUUGUAUUCAAGUUUUGUCCCUGCUUUGAUAUACUCAGUACUUGGAAGUUCUAGACAUCUUGGUGUUGGUCCUGUUUCAAUUGCAUCAUUGGUUAUGGGAUCAAUGUUAAGUGAAAGUGUUUCUUAUAGUCAAGAUCCAAUUCUCUAUCUUAAAUUGGCUUUCACUGCCACUUUCUUUGCUGGUUUAUUUCAAUCUUCUCUUGGUGUAUUAAGGUUAGGCUUUGUGAUUGAUUUUCUAUCAAAGGCAACAUUGGUAGGUUUCAUGGCUGGUGCAGCAAUCAUUGUGUCACUACAACAACUCAAAGGGUUACUAGGAAUAGUUCAUUUCACAAGCAAGAUGCAAAUAGUACCUGUUUUGGUCUCUGUAUUCAAGGAAAGAGACGAGAUUGGUGAAUUACCAAAGGGACUUAAUCCACCAUCAUCAAACAUGUUAUACUUCAGUGGUCCACAUUUGGCUCUUGCUAUCAAAACUGGACUUGUCACUGGAAUCUUGUCUCUCACUGAAGGAAUUGCAGUUGGAAGAACAUUUGCUUCACUUCAGAACUACCAAGUGGAUGGAAACAAAGAAAUGAUGGCUAUUGGUCUUAUGAACAUAGCUGGCUCUUGUUCUUCAUGUUAUGUCACAACAGGAUCCUUUUCUCGAUCAGCUGUUAACUACAAUGCUGGAGCACAUUUAUAGGGCAUGUAUGCUUGUCAAGUAUUGUACAUUUCAAAGAUUAGUCCGAGGCAUUUUUUGAGUGUUUCUCUUUCUUUAGGAUACUGAGAUGGGUUCAAGAAGAGGAAGAACGCGUGGUAGCACUCAACGGAAGUGCAUUGAAAUGCAUAAUUUUAGACAUGACAGCUUGUGUUGGCAAAUCCUGUUGGAAAUGUGAUGGAAAAGUUGCAUGAGUCAAAUAUUUUGGAUUCCUUUGGAAUGAAAGGAUUGUAUCUCUCAGUAGGAGAAGCAGUGGCUGACAUUUCAUCAUCGUGGAAAGCUCAGCCUUGAUGAAUUUCUAAAAUAAAGAGAAAAAGAUGAUGGCUUCUAACUUUCAGCAGUUAGAAGAAAAAAAAACCAACUAUGGAAGUUUUUUGUCAACUUUGUUUAAAUUAAAGCCUUGAAAAUCAAGGCAUUGGUUUUUAAUUUAGUAGUGUUUCUUAUUCUAGGACCCUACUUUUAUUUUAUGUAUGUAUUAUGUUACUCUUAAGUCCAUUUUUUGCUUUAGUUGGAGGGGAAAGAGCAUCCAAGCAAAAACUGUUGUGAUGACUUUAUUCCGUGGACAUUGAGUGAUAAAUAUCAAUAGAAAUUAUAAUCAAAAACAAAUGGAGGUGUUCCACUGUUCAA